AUGGAGGCGGCGGGCGGCCCGGGGGGGCCGGGGUCCCAGGAGCCCGUGGAACCAGGGCCGGCGGUGGAAGGGGGGCCGAGACUUCAAGCGGCGCCGGGGCCGGAGCCCUGCGAGCCCGAGCAGCCGAGGCCCGAGGAGAUUCGGAAGCCGCCGGGGCCCGAGGAGAUGGAGGAGCCGGCGGCGGCGGAGAUGGAGGAGCCGGGGCCCGAGAUGGAGGAGCCGGGGCCCGAGAUGGAGGAGCCGGGGCCCGAGGAGCCGGGGCUGGAGCUGCCGGGGCCGCAGGGGACCGAGGAGCUGUCAGAGCCGGAGACCGCGGCCGCCGGUGCCGGGGCGGAGGAGGCGAGUGGCUGGGACGGAGCGGCGGGCGCGGCGCCUCCCGCCGCCUGGGCUGAACGGGGCUCGGCUGCUGCCGCGCAGGCCGACCCAGGCGGAGCCGAGACGAGGGGCAGCGAGGCGGCGGACGAGGCGCCCGAGGAGAGCGAGGAGGAGCAGCGGGAGCGGGAGACGCUGCUGAAGCAGCUCGAUGAGCUGGAGGACGAGCGGGAGCGGCUGCAGCAGGCCAGCACCCGCCUGCAGCUGCGGCUGGGCGGGCUGCUGCGGCAGCGGAAGGGCGAGGGGUCGCGGCGGGCGGCAGCCAGCGCGGACGGGAAGCAGCUGUACAACCAGAGCCUGCAGCGGCUGUGGGAGCUGCGGGAGCAGCUGGCGCGGGAGGCCGCCGCCUGCCGGGAGCGGGAAGCGGUCUGGCGGCGGAAAGCCGACGAGCGGCAAGCCCGGGCCCGGGCCGAGUGGGUGGCCUUCCAGGCCCGCAAGAAGGCGGUGACCGUGCACAGCCUGGGCCGGCGGCUGGGCAGCGGGGCGGCGGCAGCGCUGGCGGUGGAUUGCGUCCAGGCCAGGGAGGAGGAGAAGGAACAGCGAGUGCGCAAGGUCCGUGUGGAAAACAUCAAACUGAAGAAUGAAAUCCAGAAUCUUGAAACCAUCCGGAAAGCUCAGGAAGAACAGGUAGAGAGCCAACACGCUAUGGACUUGGAGCGCGCGAAGAAAGAGAAUCAGAAAUACAGUGAAAAGAUCGGCGACCUCAGCGAUGAAAUCCUGAAGCUCCAAAAGAAGGUAUCGAACACAGUACAUAUCCUCAGCCAGCUCAGGGAAAAACUACAGUUUGUGGAAGCUGAAAAUCAAGGCAGAAAGGCUGAACUCAUGGAGAUGGAGACCGUCUUGUCACAGAAGAGAGACGUUCUGGCCAAAACCAAACAGGCCAGAGACCGAUUGUGGAGAAACAAUUUAAAAUUGCAGCAGAAAUCUGGGUUGCUUGGCAAUAAGAUACUGCUUCGGGACUUUGAGGAAACGAUGGAUACUGCAGAGCUGCUAAGUCAGCAGUUGGAAACACUGAAACAUCACCAUGCUGGUCUGAUCCUUACAUGCAAGGGAAUUCAGCAGAAAAUAAGGGAAGCCAAUUCCUCUUUACUUGAUGAAGAUAACUAAAGAAGGCACAGAAAAGAAAUAAACACAGCCAUUUUCUGCAAUUCUGAUUUUUAACAUGCCCUUUUUUUUUUUUUUAAGCCCUGGGGAAUACAUUAGACACGUACUCCUGAAAAAGCCUUUUUUAAGUGAUGUCAGUGUUGUGUUCAGUGAUUACAGUAGUUACUCAGUUUGAAUGAAACAACAUAUGCAUGUCUGUCUUACAAAAACAAACAAAGCCCACACUUCUAGAAAACUAUCCUAACAUUUCAGUCCUUGAAGGCCAUGGCCAUACUGUUAAUCAGAGCACUCACCAUACCCCACCUCCAGGCCUGUUCCUGCCACCCUCUGUAUGCAUUUCAUAAUUUGGUAUUGACUUAACCUGUACAAUAAAUACACCUGCUCUCUGGGCACAACAUAAGGGGUCAUUUUCAUAGAUGUGGCUGAGAACUGGAGAGAAGCUUAUUGUCAAUACCUAACAGGACUUCCACAUAGCCAAUACACUACAGCCAAUAUACUUGCCCAUUCUGUAAAUAUAUGUGUCUGCCAAGUUUGCCUUGCUGGUGCACAAGAAGAAAAGUUUAUUACU